ACUCUGCUCAGUGUGUUUGUAUCAUGUAGUACAACGGUUGUGAGUCUAAGGAAAAAAAAGAAAUACCAGAAAAAAAGUAAUUUUAUAGGAAAUUACACAUCAGGAAAAGAGCAAACAAGAACAAAAAUCAUUUUCGCUAUUGUGUGUGUUUUUCUAAAAUUUUGUGACAAUUUUCCGAAUUCAUAUGUUCAAAAUGCUGAUGGUGUUGUUUUGAUUCGAACGGAAAAAUAAAUAAGAAAAACGAGGAAAAAAAAUAUGAAAAACAAAACCAUGAAAAUGUAAACUUUGAAUUCGAUGCUGAUGAAAAAUCCACUCUGGCUGGCUUAAAUUAAAUGUUACGGAAAUUUUUUGUUUUGGUGGACUUAAAAUUUUGUGUGUGACGGAACAGACGUUUUUUUUUUCUCGUAUAUUUCAUUUUCUCGACACAUGGAACAAUGAUGUAUAGUAAUGUACACGGUAUAUGAGUUUUGGAUUGCGUAAACAGCAAAUGUUGUUCUUUUUGUUCGGGUUUUCUUGUGCCGAAAUUGAGUCAGUUUAUCGAUGGUGAUGGCAAUUGAUCAUUUUCGAAAAUAAAACAUUUCCCGUUGAUAACAAUUUUUUUUAACCGACUCAUCAGAGUAAAAACAAUUAUCCUUCGUUACAAGAGUCGAGGAUAAAUUCAUUUUUUUUUGUGUAUUUUUAUGGGUUCCAUGAUUGUGUUAUCGAUUGUCUAAAAGAGAACAAAAAUAUUCCAUCCGACAAAAUGUAAUAAAAAUCGAGAAAAAAAAAGUACACUUUUUAUGGGAUAAAAGGAUUUUGUUUCCUGCGGUGUAGAAAAACAGUCAUACUUGUACAUUGAGUAUAUCAAAUAACAUUUUGAGCAUCACAAAAAAAUCAUUUUUUUUGCUUUGCACUUAAUUUUAAAAUAUUCUCGUCAUUUUUCUACUAAAUCUAGAGAAUUUGUUUAUCAAAAUAAUACCUGGAAAUAAAGACGAUUGGUUUGUCCGUGUGUUCACAGAAGAAAAAAAAAAGUUUAUUUCAAGUGUAUGUGAAUUUUGAUUAAAAUAAAAUACACAGAAGGAAAACGAACGCCGAAAAAGAAUAUUUAUAUAGACAACUCACACCGAAUAGUGAAGAGAGAUUUUCCUAUCUGGAAGAUAUACUGACAAAUAUAUAGACGAAACCGAUAUACGAUACACGAGAACAUUUAUAUGCGAUAUGAUGAUACAUACGAAAGCUAGUGUGUUGGAUAUAUUUAUAAAGGAUAAUACUGUUUUUCGAAGAUAGUGGAUUCGCUCGAAAUUCAUGCACCGUUUUUGCACACCAUCAAACCACUGUGUUGUCUGAUAUCAUAUCAAUGUCAUUGUGCCAGAAUAUUGUGCUGAGUGAUUUAUGUGAUAAAUUAUCAGCGACGCACUACAUCAUCAUUUUAUACAACAUUAUACAACUAAGCCACAUUAUGACAACGUUACCUACACGAAAAUGGGGUUGAUAAUGAAUGAAGAAAAAAGGAAAAUCAAAAGAAAAAAAAAUUCCGAUAAGAGUUUCCAUCUGAUACGGCCGUUCGGUGGUGGUGACGUUGGUAUAUCAGUGUUUGUUUUCGUGUGUAAUAUCGAAUAAAUAAUUUUUUUUCGACAUGAAUUUUAAUCAAAUGGCACAAUAAGUUCAUUAUCAUAAACGACAUAAGUUUGAAUAGUGUGAUGGUUAUCAUUAUAACACUGUUGACAUCGGAAAAAUAGUGCACGACAAGAAGAAAAAGAAAGAAAAAAAAAGAAAAAAAAAAUUAUGGAAAUUAAUAAAAAAUAAAUAAAUUCUGUUGUCAUAAUCGUCUUCAUCAUCAUAAACGAUGUAUAAAUUGUUUGCAUCAAUUACAUCAAAUAACAACAUCAUCUUCUUUAUCACAACAAUAAAUAAUCACAAUAAUAAUCAACUAAGAGACAACAUGUGUUCGAACCGAUAAAAUCGUUCCAAGGAAUUUAUUUUUUUCUUCAAUUUAAUUUCGGUCAGUGCAGUUGUACAUUUAAAUUCGUCAAAGUGUAUCCGAUAAAAAAACCAACUAAACUGAGUUCUAAGUGGCACAGUGUUUCGGUGUUGUUUGCCUUGUCGCGGGGGCUCAGAGGCCCCCGCAACAAGCCCCCUUAGUUCACCCGAAUCAUCGUCGGACAAUAAUUUUACGAACAUAACUAUCGAACCGUCAAUUAAUUUACAAACAACCCGACUGUGCCAGUCGCAAACAUCACCGUUGCCUCACAUUGAAGAGGAGGAAGAAUUGGAAUCAAGCCAUCAAAGCCAUCAAACAACACCGGACGAUAAUUGUGCUGGACUUAAAGAACAUUUAGUAUUAACGCAAAGAUCACGACUAACUGAUCGUCAUACAACAUUUGGUGAUGAAUAUUCAAGUUCACCGUCGCCGCGUACAAAACAAAAUCGUAAACAAACGAAAGGUAGAACCAGAUCAGUGACAUCGACGACAUCUAGUGAAACGGGUACAUUUAGUGGUGGGUGUGGUAGUAGUGUUUUAGGUGGUGCUACAGUGGGUGGCAAUAGUGUUCAUAGUACGAAUUCAAUACAAUUAAGUGGAUUUUUGUUGCCAAAAAUGCAGGCCGAACAGGGAUCUAUUGGUGAUUUACAGAAGUAUCACAGUCGAUACCUGAAAAAUCGGCGACACACAUUAGCAAACGUUCGUUUUGAUGUUGAAAAUGGACAAGGCGCUCGAUCACCCCUGGAGGGUGGAUCUCCAAGUGCCGGACUUGUUUUACAAAAUCUUCCACAACGUAGAGAAUCAUUCUUAUACCGAUCCGAUUCGGAUUUCGAAAUGUCACCAAAAUCAAUGUCGCGAAAUUCAAGCAUUGCCAGCGAGAGGUUCAAAGAGCCAGAGCAACAAGUCCUGGUGGAUCGAUCUCAUGGUGGCGAAGAUUUGAUUGUAACACCGUUCGCCCAAAUAUUGGCAAGUCUUCGUCAAGUGCGCAACAACUUUUUAAGUCUCACCAAUGUAUCGUCGGUUAAAUCGAAACGAGCUGCGGCUACUCCUCUACAAAAGCCAAUUGUACCUGGUGAUGAGGCGUAUUUGCGAUUGGCCGGCGAUACAAUGGAAGAAUUAGAAUGGUGCUUAGAUCAAUUGGAAACAAUUCAAACACAUCGUAGUGUUUCGGACAUGGCUUCGUUGAAAUUUAAACGAAUGCUGAAUAAAGAAUUGUCACACUUUAGUGAAUCCAGCAAAUCAGGAAAUCAAAUAUCCGAGUAUAUUUGUUCGACAUUUUUAGAUAAACAACAAGAGUUCGAUUUACCAUCGUUGCGUAUCGACGAGAAUGAAAUUGCUACUCAACAAGCUCAACAACGUAGUCGUUCGCCACGAGGCGUUGGCGGUGGUCCGCCAAUGUCUCAAAUAUCAGGCGUUAAGCGGCCAUUAUCACACACAAACUCAUUUACUGGUGAACGUUUACCCACGCAUGGUGUGGAAACGCCGCAUGAAAAUGCAUUAGGAACUUAUUUGGGAGAAAUCGACACAUGGGGCAUAGACAUAUUUAAAAUUGGAGAUCUUAGUUUAUCGAGACCAUUGACCUGUGUCGCCUUUACCGUGUUUCAGAGUAGAGAUUUAUUAAACGCUUUAAUGAUACCACCGAAAACAUUCAUUACAUUUAUGGCUACUCUUGAAGAUCAUUACGUCAAAGACAAUCCUUUUCACAAUUCAUUACAUGCGGCCGAUGUGGCCCAAAGUACGAAUGUUCUAUUAAAUACUCCAGCUUUGGAAGGUGUCUUUACACCAUUGGAAGUUGGCGGAGCGUUGUUUGCAGCUUGUAUACAUGACGUCGAUCAUCCUGGUUUAACCAAUCAAUUUUUGAUAAAUUCAAGCUCGGAAUUAGCAUUAAUGUAUAACGAUGAAUCUGUUUUGGAAAAUCACCAUUUAGCUGUUGCCUUUAAAUUACUCCAAAAUACAGGAUGUGAUAUAUUUUGUAAUAUACAGAAAAAACAACGUCAAACGUUGCGAAAAAUGGUGAUCGAUAUUGUACUGUCGACAGACAUGUCGAAGCAUAUGAGCUUAUUAGCCGAUUUGAAGACUAUGGUUGAGACUAAAAAGGUUGCCGGUUCUGGUGUGCUAUUAUUAGAUAAUUAUACGGAUCGAAUUCAAGUCUUAGAAAAUCUUGUACAUUGUGCUGAUCUUAGUAAUCCAACAAAACCGUUACCAUUAUACAAAAGUUGGAUCAGUUUAUUGAUGGAGGAAUUCUUUCAACAAGGCGACAAAGAACGCGAAAUGGGUUUGGACAUUAGUCCAAUGUGCGAUCGUCAUAAUGCUACAAUUGAAAAGUCUCAAGUGGGAUUCAUCGAUUAUAUUGUACAUCCGUUGUGGGAAACAUGGGCCGAUCUUGUACAUCCGGACGCACAAGAUAUUUUAGAUACACUGGAAGAGAAUCGCGAUUACUAUCAAAGUAUGAUACCGCCGUCGCCACCCACGGGUGAUGACGAUGGUGACGAAAGGAUUCGUUUUCAGGUAACCUUAGAAGAAUCGGAUAAUGAAGGUGAUCAAGACGAUGAUGAUGAUAAGGAAGACGGUCAGCCGUCAGUCAGUCAAAGCCAAUCACAUCCAUCAGGAAUGUGACGGAGAGUAGUGGGUUUAUGCCGUAAGCUUUCAGAAAAAGCUCAAACAUUUUGGUUAAUCAGAUGAAUAUUUCGGUUUUAAUUUAAAGAAAGAGAGAGAGAGAGAAUUUUUUUAGAAAACAAAAUUGUUUGAUUGAAAAAACAAAAAACUUUUGUUUUGGAUAAUCGUAAAAAAUUAAUAUUUUUUUUUAGCAGUGACAUAAUUUCACAUAAAAUUAAAAGAAAAAAUUGAAAUUGCACAAAUAAAAAUGCUAAAAAAGGAAAAUAAAUAUUGCAAAGAGAAAUUAAAUCUAAAAUGUAAAAGUAAAAAAAUGAAAAAAAAUGUUUUAAAAAAAAAUAUGAAAAACAAAAAGAUAAUUCCUAAUGAGUGUUUAAAUGUACCUAUAAAUACAAGUAAAAGCAAGAAAAUUGUCUAAAUAUUUAAUUAAAAAAAUGAAUUCAUAGAACUGACGAUUUUUAGAAAUAAAGAGAAAUGAAAAAUAAAGAAAAAAAAACUUUGUUAAAAUUCGAUUGUUUCGUAUUUAAAAGAAAGAAAAUUAUAAUAAAAAUGCUGCUUAGUAAAUCAUAAAAGAAUAAUAUAAUUGGUAAACCAGAAAUAUAACAAAAAAAAACACAAAAAAUUUUGACUUUGUGUGUGAGUGUGGCUUUAUUCGUUUAGAUUUCUCUUAAAAAAAAGAAGAAAUGUCCGUGUUCUAACAAUCGAUAAAAAGAAAAUUAUUUGAAUUUUUCGCUGAACAAAAAGAAAACCUUGUACGACUAUUUACAAUAUAUUAUAUAUUAUACAGAAAUAUUCAAUGAAAUUAUAGUAAAACAAAAGUAAAUUAAAUACAAACAACAAAAACAACAGAUAAGUCUGGAAACAUAUCGCCUCAGAGGACACAAUUGAUAGUGAAUUUUACUGACUCUUGAUUUCUGUACCGACGAACAGAUUCGAUUUAUUAUUUCUCAUCAACUACGAAAUCGAACCAUCAAAAUUGGGCUAUUCAAUAAAACGCCUAGUUAUAAGCUGAACUGGACAGGCCAAAAGCGUUAAAUGAAUGGAGUUGAAGUUGUCUCAUAACCUAUUUUUGUACGAAAAUAUUUUCUUGGUUUUUCUUUUUGAGAAAGUUUUCAAAAAUUGUCGAGAAAAAUCCGUGAAAUUCAAGAAAAUAUUUUCUCAAAAAUAAGCUUUCUGCUUGUCUACUCUAAUCGAUCAAUUAUUUUGGCCAUCUGUUAAGCUCAGCUUAUCGCUAGUUUUGACGUAUUUGAAAUGUCUUAUGUACCACUACCCAAUCGAAUAUAGAGUGGUAGAGGAGUGUGAUUUCUGACUACUUUACUUCAACUGAUAUCGCAGUCACGCACGUCAAAAUACAAGAAAUGACAAACAGAUAACCAGAUAACUGAGCUGCGAACUCAAUUUAUCGUUCACAACGUAGGUGAGAGAAGAGUGAUUUUCUUAUUUCAGUUGAAACUUCGGACGGCUGGUUAAUAAAUAACUAUUUUCAUUCACAAAUAAUGGACAGCUGACCCCGAGAUCAGUUAAAUUUAACUGAUUUUCGCUAUUCCUUAACACUCUAUGUUUGUUCACAUCAUAUUUGCCCACUCAGAGUAAUGCUUUUAAUAUCACUUCCGUUUGAGUGAGACACUAUUCGAAUUGAUAUUUUCAAAAUGUUGGUCAACCAUUUACAGUUCAGUACAUCUUUCAGAGCGAAUAAAAGUUCUUGAUAAAUAGUGGGUCACGCGAUAAAAUGAAGUUGCCACAUAAUUAAUGGAGAAAUUGAGUGAACCGAUUGUAAUUCUGCACUAUCAAAGGUCCAAGGCGCUUAGAAGUAAUUUUUGUCUAUUUUUUAUUUAAAUUACCGUAACUCCUUGCGAUAUCAAGCGACAGUUCUUGAAACCCACCCUCCACCGUUUGCUUCUUAUGCAUUUUUCAAGGUUAAAUAUAGUUUGAAAGUUUUUACAAUUUUCCGCGCAAAAGCCCAGUAUUCAGCCGAGCUGGGAGGACGUGACCACACUUGCUAUUUAUAAUUUUUAAAUAAUUUUUACUGAAUUGAAUGGAAAACAUAUUGAAAAAUUGAUGAAACGUAAUUACAAUUUGAAAUGGACGACAAUUUUUCUUGAAUUUUUUAAAAUUUUGUUUUGUAUAAAGUUCGUUUCAGCAACUCGAUGAACACUUGGCUUAAGUUGUGGAUUCACAAAAAUUGAUUCUAUAUGUAAUGUAUGUGAAACAUUUUCAACGGAUCCAUUUCGUAAUACGCUGCCCAUUUUAUUCACCUCGACUUUUGUUGUUAAAAAUUGUAUUUUUAACUUUAAUUUUAGUCGGUCGAAAGUGAUGAAUUGCAUUGGACAUCGUUAGUUGUUUUUGAUUGUAAUAAAACUCGAAUUUACCAAAAAUAUUAGAGGUAUAAGACAAGAAUUUUAAAGUAAAAGUAAAAAAAAAAUCGAUUGCUUCAAAUUUUGUUUCGUAUUUCUUUUGGAAUGUUCUGCCUUCUAUCAUACAAGCAAAAGUUUUACAAUUUCUUUUUUCAAUUUUUUUUUAUUAAUAAAAUGAAAGGAAAGAACUUAAUUUUGUUCGUAAAAAUAUUACAC